AUGGCAACUCCAGGAAAAGUUGGGGGGAUCUCCCUUGAAGAUGAAUACAAGAAGAGACUUUGAUCUCCAAGUCAGACAUCCAGAAGUUGAGGGAGUGGAUGCUCACGCAACCUCAUCUGCCGGCUGACGAAAUCACAGAUCUGGACCUGAUCCUCGCAUACCACUGCUGCGAACGGAGUUCUGGCGUCACCAAGACCGUGCUGGAUCUAAAUUUCACACUCAAGACUCUCUUCACAAACAUAUUCAAGGACCGGAUUGUCGACGACAAACUCAUUAAAACAUACAGGACCGCAUUGUUCCUGCCUUUGAAUGUGCGCGCCCAUGACGAUUCCGCCGUUAUCUACUGCGGACUCUUAGAUCCUGAUUACAAAAAUUUCGUUUUCUCAGAAGCGAUCAGAGCAGUUCUGAUGGUACUAGAUCUAUGGCAGUAUCAAUCGGGCACGUGGCCUGGCUUCGUGAUCCUGAUUGACCUGAACCAGAUGACACUAGGACACCUGUCCAGGCUUGACCUUCAAACACUCCAGCAGUUCCUCUAUUUCCUACAGGAAGCACUGCUGUUAAAGCUAAAGGGCCUACACUUUCUGAACGCACCGUCUUUCAUGGACAGGCUAAUGAUGCUUCUUAAGCCAUUCCUAAAGAAGCAGCUACUUGACGUUUUGCACAUCCAUCAAAUCGGCUCUAAAACCCUAGACGCGUAUGUGCCGAUGGAAGGCCUUCCAAAAGAAGCAGGCGGGAAGUUCAAGAGCUGUACCGAAGCAAGAGAUGAUAUUAUUGAAUGGGUAAAAGAAAAUCAGGAGUUCUUUAAAGAAGAAAAUAAGAAGCGAGUGAACGAAUCAAACAGACCUGGAAAACCUAAAACUAUAUCAGACAUAUUUGGUGGCGUAGAAGGCUCGUUUAAAAAGUUAGAUAUAGAUUAA